GCCAAAUUCAGUAUAUCUUGCUGUGCUACAUAGGAAUAAAAAAUGGCUGAUGUGAAAUUACUGCUGAAUGUCCUGAAGAACAUUUUCAAGCCAAGCAGAAAUGUUUACCUUUGCUCUCACUAAAUAAAAGUUUCCCUAAAACUUACAGGAAACUGUGAAAAACUAUAAUUAAUCAAGUUAUUUUCCCUACUUUGUAGAUUUUCUCGUUUUUAUGACGCCGAGCCAUGUUUUUAUUCUGUCUUUAGGUUUCUGACCGCUGAGGUAAAGAGGUGUUUAUAACAGCCACACCAGCAGGGGGCAGCAGCGGCCACUCGCUCUGUUUCCGUUGGUAACCGUCCUGGCAACAGGCUGAGCUGACAAACAACAUCCGCCCGGGCUGCGUCCUCCUGCGGCUCCUCAUCACACCCAGGUGAAACUAGUGAGAGGAUUUUCUCCUCCGCAGCUUGAUGUCUGACAUGGAGAACCCGCCGACCGGAGAGCCGCGCUUUGUGAAGAGGAGGCUGAAGGGAUGCUCUCUGGACGUCCACCCCACUGAGAAGGCUCUGGUGGUCCAGUAUGAGGUGGAGGCGACCAUACUGGGAGAACUGGGAGAACCGAUGGUUGAAGAGCGAAAACACUGUCAGAAGAUGAUCCGUCUGAAGAGCCUGAACGGCAACACGGACAUGGCUUCUCUGGCCCAGAAGGUGGUGGAGGAAUGUCAACUCAUCCAUCCGUCCAAGCUGGCCGAGGUGGAGCAGCUGCUCUUCUACCUGCAGAACCGGAAACAGAGCAGCGACAACCAGGAGAAGAAGAACAUUUCACCUCGGGACUUCACACUGUACGCCGGAGUGGAGCUGGACGAGGAGGCAAGCAUCGGCAGCAUCGACGAGUACGUGGAGCUGCUGUACGAAGACAUCCAGGAGAAGAUCCGUGGCGCCGCACUCAUCUUCCAGCUGGCCCGAAACCCGGACAACUUGGAGGAGCUGAUGCAGCACGAGGUGGUACUGGGAGCACUGGCCAGAGUGCUGAGAGAGGACUGGAAGCAGAGCGUUGACCUGGCAACCACCAUCGUUUCCGUCUUCUUCUGUUUCUCCAGCUUCUCCCAGUUUCACAGCCUGGUGACCCACUUCAAGAUCGGUGCCCUCUGCAUGAACAUCGUGGAGCACGAGCUGAAGCGCUUCGAGUUGUGGCAGGACGAGCUGCAGAAGAAGAAGAAGGCCGCUGACGAGUUCCCCGGCAACCAGAGUCUGAGGAAGGAUCACGACAAGUCGCUGAGGAAGUACCAGAGUCUCCUGGCCAAGCAGGAGCAGCUCCUCAAAGUGUCUCUGUAUCUGCUGCUGAAUCUGGCUGAGGACACGCGGACGGAGCUGAAGAUGAGGAACAAAAACAUCGUCCAGAUGCUGGUGAAGCUGCUGGAGCGCGACGACCAGGAGCUGCUGCUGGUGGCCGUGUCCUUCCUCAAGAAGCUCUCCAUCUUCCUGGAGAACAAGAACGACAUGGCGGAGGCGGCCGCCGUGGAGAAGCUGACCCGCCUGCUUCCCUGCGACCACCAGGAGCUCCAGAGCGCCACCUGUCGGCUGCUGCUCAACCUGUCCUUCGACACGGCGCUGCGCAGCCAGAUGGUCCGGGCCGGCCUCGUUCCCAGGCUCUCCUCUCUGCUGGCUGACGAGGCGCAGAGGCAGCUGGCCAUGUGCGUCCUGUACCACAUCAGCAUGGACGACACAUUCAAGCCCAUGUUUGCUCACACCGACUGCAUACCGCAGCUGAUGAAGAUGAUGCUGGGCGGUGAGGAGCAGCUGGACGUGGAGCUCGUCUCGCUCUGCAUCAACCUGGCCGCCAACCGGAGCAACGCUCAGGUGUUCUGUGAAGGGAACGGCCUGAAGCUGCUGAUGAAGCGGGCUCUGAAGCUGAAGGACGUUCUGGUGAUGAAGAUGAUCAGGAACCUGUCUCAACAUGGCGGAGCCACCAAGAACCUGUUCCUGGACCACGUUGGCAAUCUGGCGGCCCAGAUCGGCGAAGACGAGGCCGAAGAGUUUGUGAUCGAAUGCCUGGGAACCCUGGCCAACCUGACCAUCCCGGACCUGGACUGGGAGCUGGUUCUGAGGGAGUACAGCCUGGUUCCGUACCUGAAACGGCGCCUGAAACCAGGUUCUGCUGAGGACGACCUGAUCCUGGAGGUCGUCAUCCUGAUCGGCACCGUCUCCGUGGACGACUCCUGUGCUGCCAUGUUGGCCAAAUCCGGCAUCAUUCCUGCUCUCAUCGAUCUCCUCAACGCCCAACAGGAGGACGACGAGUUUGUCUGCCAGAUCCUCUACGUCUUCUACCAGAUGGCGUUCCACCAGGCGACCAGAGACGUCAUCAUCAAAGACACGCCGGCUCCGGCGUACUUCGUCGACCUGAUGCAUGACGGCAACGCGGCCAUCCGCAGAGUGUGUGACAACACCCUGGACAUCAUAGCGGAAUACGACGAGGAGUGGGCGAAGAAGAUCCAGACGGCGAAGUUCUGCUACUACAACAGCCAGUGGCUGGAGAUGGUGGAGAACCGCCUGCUGGACGAGCCCUUCCUGUACGGAGACGACGGGGAGUCCUUCAGCGGGAACCGGGACCUGCUGGAGCGGCCGGACCUGUUCUACGCCGCAGACGGGAUUCUCUCCGGAGACGGAUCCACCAGCCCCAGUUUCUACGCAGACAUCCAGAGCAGCGAGCCGGGAGAGGCUGGAAACCUGAGCAGGCCUGAAACUCCGGGCGUGUUCAUCAGGAAGCACUAAACUCCGCCUGUUUCCCUUCAUCCCAUCCUCUGACCGGCGCCGGUUCCCCUGCCGGCUGAUCCGGGUUAUCGGACCGGUCCCUGAAGGCAUCGCUCCACCCUCUGAGAAGCUUUGAGAACAAACACUCUCCGGCCGCCUCCGCGGCUCCAGUGGAUCUACCCACUCCAUUCCCAAUCCCAUUCCGACAUUCCGGCCUGAAACUUAAAGCCGAUGGCUGGGAAUUAAAAACUCAUUGCUGUUAUCACCAGAACCGACCUCGGGUUUCCUGCGAGUCCCCAGAACCAGGCGGCAGCUGAUGGGAUCCACGGCUGAGUUGAUGGAUCGUUUGGGAAAUCCAGAGUUGAUUCAGAGAAAUUUGUCCCAUUAUCGGAGCGCUGCUCGCGUGAGAUGAAGCUCCUGUCGGCGGACUGUUCAGCAGGAAUGUUUUCCUUGGCCGCGGCCGGGUCCAGAACCCGAUCUGAGCAGACGACAGACGCUUCACCUCUGUGAUGUUUGUGUUUUCCCGUUUUCCCGUCCAUCAGCACGUCUCUGACAGCCCGGAGCGGCGGGGGAGCCGCGCGCGUUUCAUUUGGACUCAGUAGAAUAAUCAGAGCCAGCUCGGCCGCCGGUUCUGAACCGCGUGAAACAUGGUGUGAAUCGGACCUCAGAGAGCCGGGCCGGAACAUCAGGAACGUGUCUGAAUCUCGGUCCACAGGAACACUGAGCAUCUCCUGAUAGAAACGAUAAAAUGAUUUCCUGCUUUAAAUAGGCCGAUUUCCAGUUUCCUAAAGUUUCAGUUCAAGUAUUGAAACAAAAACUGUUUAAAAUGAAAAAAUGAAACUAUGUUCAUCGUUAAAGGAGGGAGGAGCUGGUCAGGCUGGCUGUUGAAGCGUUUCACCAGGGUCUGUCAUUCAGUCAUUUCAAUAAAUAAAUUAACAUUUUUAAUAAAAAAUAUGCUGCUAAAUUACUGAAUAGACAUAUAAACUGAGCAACAAUAUUUAUUGUUUUUAAUCUUUUAUUUAGCUUAUUCAAACACCUGAUAAACUAACUAUGUUCAACACAACGUUUUUUUCCAGCAUCCAAUCAGAUUGUUUAGAAGCAGAAAUGAAUACCAAAGCCCUGAGAGAAGACGCUUCGUCGCUUUAAUGCGUUAAAAUGCAUGUAACCAAUCAAUGCGGUUCAUUUCUUAACCAGUUUUUCACUGUAAAUAGAAUCUGAGUUAGCCGCAGAUUAAAACCGGGAAACACGUUUCACUUUUCUGAAAAAUUCAGACUGCUUUCAUUUCUAUAAAAUCCUGCAUGUGCAGUUUAUAACUGGGUGGAUAGAAAUUAAAACGACAAGAAAUUUAUAUUGAAUUCUGAUUAACAAUAGUAGUUUUUGUGGUUUCUCAGAUUUUAAUAUCCUGGUAAAAUGUUUGGAAGACCAUGAACGACAUUUAUCAUAUCCACCACUGGGACGUUUUGACUCCAUCCGCAGGAACUGCAGGCAAAAUGAUGGAAAAUUUAUUUCCUUUCUCAGAUUUUCUGACAGAUGAAGGUAAAACUGAGGCGAUAAAUUCCCUCUAAUGCGGCUUCUUAAGGGGAACUGUCUCAGAUUCUCCUCCUGGUCCGGUCCGGUCCGGAUCAGAGCUUCACUGUUCCUCCUUUAGCCCAAAUCCCAAAUCCUGUCUGACAGCCGUAGCGUGUGGAGAGGGAAGGGACAUAUUUCUGCCCCGGGACGGGGGAGGGGGUGGAAACAUGGCGGAGGAGGAGAAGAGGCGCUGGAAGUGAUUUAGAUAAAAACUGGUCAUGACUGCAGCGCGGCGGGGAAAAGCAAGCAGCUCGUAUUUUAGCCGGACAGGAAGAGAAACGCUGCCACCUUCUGGAGAAAUCCCAAAAGUUCUGGGUGUGAGGUCACGACGAUGUGAGGUCACGACGAUGUGAGGUCACGACGAUGUGAGGUCACGACGAUGUGAGGUCACGAUGAUGUGAGGUCACGAUGAUGUGAGGUCACGACGAUGUGAGGUCACGAUGAUGUGAGGUCAUGUGGAGCCACCCCCCCCCCCCCCUUCUCUUCUGAAGGGGGGGGGGACGACCCCUUCAUCGUCCUCCGUUUCCACGGCGAUCCCCUCCAGCCAUGAACUCCUGGUUCCCACUCCCACUGUGGACGGCUGGAACGUUCCGGGCCUCUGCUGGUCCGGUUCAUGGCUGGAGGACGGGUUGGAAGUGGAGUGAGAGCUCCACCUAGUGGGGAGUCCUGUCUCUGCAGCUUCAGUUAUUCUGAACUGUUUAACCUGCGACAGACUGGCGACCUGUCCAGGCUGGAGAGGCACCAGCACCUCCUGAACCCACUAGGGACCAGAGUGGUAGAAAAUGGAUGGAUGGUGGAG